ACCUGUGAGGGACUGUGAGGACGCGGGUACAAGGCGGGAGGGAAAAGAGAGCGGAGUCCACACCAUCUAUCCCAAGAGUUCACCAGCAGGUGUGAGGGUGUACUGUGAGGUACAUGAGGGACAGUCAUGGACGGUGUUCCUCGCUCGUCACCAUCAAAGUACACAAGAGAACUUUACACGGUCUUGGCAAGACUACAAGAAGGGCUUCGGGGACCCUGAAGGAGAACACUGGCUGGGAAAUGAGAACCUACACACGCUGACUGGUGGAGAGACACGUUACCGCCUGAGGGUGGAGGCCACCAACCUGCAGGGAGAACAACGAUAUGGAGAGUGGCGAGUGUUCCGUGUCGCUCCUGAGGACAACAGGUACCGGCUGACUGUGGAGCAGUACAGCAGCAGUAGUACACUGGGUGAUGGACUGAACUACCACAAUGGCCAGUCGUUCACCACGGUGGACAGGGACCACGACACAAACCCGUCAAUAAACUGUGCAGUGCACCAUGGUGGAGGUGGGUGGUGGUGGAGGUGGGGGUGGAGGUGGGGGUGGGUGUGUGGCGAUGUUAACCCGACCGGCCCACUCCACCUCAGUGACCUGCACCAGGACCCCUGGGAGGUAAUGUCCUGGGUCUCCUUCACCCCUGGUGAUGGUCGUUGGGUCAAGUUAUCAUCAUUGACGAUGAUGGUAAUCAAGUCAUAAGACUAGACCUUAUACAGUGUAUGACUGUUAACUGUAAGGUUCGCCCUAACAUAAAUAAAUAAAUCUUACACUUUAUUAACCUUAACAAAUUACUAUAUUGUUGACAUAGGCUUAAAUAAUGGCGUGGCAUUAGUUUAUUAACACAAUAAUAUUUAUCACUUACACAGGAACAUUUAUUAACUCAUCAACAUCAAUUAUUUUUAUAUAAUAUUUACAAAAAAUAUAAUUUAUUUAAAUCAAAUUAUUGAAGUAAAAGUUGUGGUGCCAUAAGAGACGAUGACUGAGGUGUUUUAUUAAAGAUGUGUUACACACCCCGACAGGUGUGUUACACACCCCGACAGGUGUGUUACACACCCCGCCAGGUGUGUUACACACCCCGACAGGUGUGUUACACACCCCGACAGGUGUGUUAAGAAGCCUUGUUGGUAUGGCUACCUUUAUCACGGAGUCUCAUGAUGCGGCCACAGUUGGGUCUUCACCAAUACACUCCAUAGCCUCGCCUAUUAAAUGGUUUAUUAAUAAAAGAAGCGCUGCUACUCACACAAACGGUCAGUCAUAAAGUGUCAACUGACUUUAUUAUCGCUUGGAGUUUGGACACCUGGGACAUAAUUAAUAGUAACCAAAUUAAUUAAUAAAUGCUAAAGCAGUUUUUAAUAAGAACAUUGUAAGAACAAAUCAUGUAGUUUGUAAUAUAUUUUAAAACGAGACAAAAGACUAUGGCUGAGGGACGUUAACGUUAAAAGGUAUACAUUAAUUGUGUUGACAAACACACUCAUUAUUAGGCGGGAAACAUUCACAAAACUACAUUUUUAAACUAUAUCUUUAAAUAAACCUUUAUUGAUACCAUUUUUAAAUUAUAUCUUUAAAUAAACCUUUAGUG